UGGCAGACCCUGCCGUCCGUUUAUUUCCUUUUCGUUUUGUUUUUGUUGCUUUUUGAAGGAGAGUUGUCUUCUUCCGCGACCUCCAGAGCAGGGAAGAGUUUCUUGCUCAGAAGCCCGAAUACAAUGAAUUCUGACUCCAGCUCUGUCUCCAGCAGAGCUUCCUCGCCAGACAUGGAUGAGAUGUACCUGAGAGACCAUCACCACCACCACCACCAUCACCACCACCAAGACAGCCGGCUCAACUCGGUCUCCUCCACCCAGAACGAUCUGGUGCAGAAGAUGUCUGGGGAAGGCCUCACCAGGAACGGUUCCAAGGCCGGAGGGGAAGGCAGCAAGUACAAAAUCAAGAAGCAGCUUUCGGAGCAGGACCUGCAGCAGCUGCGGCUGAAGAUCAAUGGCCGGGAGCGUAAGAGGAUGCACGACCUCAACCUCGCCAUGGACGGACUGCGGGAGGUGAUGCCCUACGCUCACGGACCUUCUGUGAGAAAACUCUCCAAAAUCGCCACUCUCCUGCUAGCCAGAAACUAUAUCCUGAUGCUCACCAGCUCCCUGGAGGAGAUGAAGAGGCUCGUUGGGGAAAUCUACGGGGGGCACCACUCGGCCUUUCACUGCGGCACGGUGGGACACUCUGCCGGGCACCCGCCCCACGCCGCCGGCACCGUGCACCAGGUGCAUCCCAUCCUCGGCAGUGCCUUGUCCUCCGCCAACACCUCCUCCUCCCUCUCCGCUUCCCUGCCGGCCAUCGGCACCAUCCGGCCCCCACACUCCCUGCUCAAGACCCCCUCCACACCCCCCGCCCUGCAGCUCGGCAGCGGCUUCCAACACUGGGCGGGCUUGCCGUGCCCCUGCACCAUCUGCCAGAUGCCUCCCCCGCCCCACCUCUCGGCCCUCACCGCCUCCAACAUGGCCAGGAUCUCGGGGGAGACCAAGGGCCUCCUGAAGUGA